CUGUUGUCUUUAUUAUCUCCCAUACCUUCAAUUAUGAGAACCAUAGUUGUGGUAUUCUUCUUGUUUCAAAGUUUUAGAUUUGAUGUUAAUGCCUUCGGGCUUUCUUAUCAUUUCUAUGAAAAAACAUGCCCACAAGUUGAGGACAUUGUGAGAGAUGGCCUUCGCCCUUUAUUUCUCACCGAUCCCACUUCUCCAGCUGCUUUGUUGAGGCUUAUGUUCCAUGACUGUCAAGUUCAGGGAUGUGAUGCUUCCGUUCUAGUUGAUCCAGGUAGUGGAAGUGAUGCAACGGAGAUGAAAGCAAAUAAGAAUUUUGGAAUUAGGAGGAGGGAGUUGAUAAGCAUUGUUAAAUCAAUGGUGGAAGCUCAAUGCCCCCAACAAGUCUCUUGUGCCGACAUUCUCAUAUUGGCAGCUCGAGAAGCCGUGGCCGCUUCCGGAGGGCCAUGGAUUAACGUUCCGUUGGGGCGGCGGGAUUCAUCGCAGGCCCCUAGCUAUCGACUUGCUGACGCAUUGCUCCCUCCUGCAACAACUGGAGUUGUUGAUAUGCUCAAUAUUUUCUCCAAGAAAGGAAUGACUCUUGCAGAAUCCGUCGCCAUUUUGGGUGCUCAUACGCUGGGGAUAUCGCAUUGUUCAAACAUCCAGAACCGAUUAUACGGUCAUAAAAAUGGCGAGCUUAGAGCCAUGGAGCCUAGUUUUGCAGCAUUUUUGAGGCUAACCUGUCGGGAUGGAUCUUUAGCCUCAAAUUUAAGCUUUGUUCUCAACGAUCCGACGCCAUUUGCAUUCGAUAACCAAUAUUAUGUUAAUGCGAUGCGAGGCCGAGGACUGGUGAGAAUAGAUGCCGAAAUGGUAUCGGAUCCCAGAACAGUUGGCCUGAUGCAACAUUUCGCCAUGAACGAGGGUGAUUUCUUUAGGGUUUUCUCUUCUGCAUUCGUGAAGCUAUCUGGUUAUGGAGUUUUGACUGGGAAACAAGGUGUGGUUAGAAAGAAUUGCUAUGAAAUAAGGUGAUUAGAAAUUGUAAUUGGGUUCCUUAUAUCUGACGUAGGGAACGAUUAUCCUAUCUAAAUCUACUCAUUGUUGAUUUGGUCUUUAUAUUCUAUUUUGGAUUUUUUAAA